UGCACGUAGGAUCAUGUCCCCCGCUGCAGACAUGGCUGGCAAAAACACUUCAGAGAACGAUGAGGAGAACAUUCUCUACGAUUUACUCAUAAAUAGCGAGUGGCCACCGGAGACCGAUACUCAGCUGCGAGGGAACAGAGAGCAGAGUUCAUCUCUGAUUACAAAGGCAGUAACAGGUCCAUUUAAAUUUAUUUUGAGUUACCUUUGGUACAGUCCUUCAAGUUGUUCUCUGCCUCCCGGACUUGUUCGUCUUGUCAGUAAAGAAAUUAACUGGCAGCUGGUUCUUGCAAGCAAUGGAAAACUGCUGGCUGUUGUACAAGAUCAGUGUGUGGAAAUCAGAUCUGCAAGAGAUGAUUUUGGUUCAGUCAUUGGAAAAUGUCAAGUUUCUAAAGAUCCGAAUCCUCAGUGGAGGAGAGUUGCCUGGAGUCAUGACUGCACACUUCUUGCAUAUGCUGAAAGCACAGGGACAGUGAGGGUGUUUGACCUGAUUGGGAGUGAACUUUUCAUUAUUCCUCCGGCUACCAGUUCUUCAGGUGACUUGAGCUAUGCUGUGGCAGGCCUAAUUUUUUUGGAGUGCACAGCCAGCGCCCAGUGGUCAGCAGAGCUACUUGUUGUUAAUUAUCGAGGACAUCUUAAGAGUUACCUUGUCAGUGUGGGGACCAACCAGAGCUACCAAGAAAACCAUAGUUUCAGCUUUGGAACGCAUUAUUCUCAUGGAAUUACAACAGCAAUAUACCACCAUGGCCACAGGUUGCUGCUGGUUGGAGGCUGUGAAGCCACUGAUAAUGAAGCAUCUAAAGCAACUAGAUGUGGUCUCACAGCCUGGAGAGCUCUGUCGGGUUCUCCUUAUUAUAAACAAGUCACCAGCUAUGAGGAUGAUGUGGGUUAUACACAGAGAGGAGGAUUCUUUAAAAAGAUAAAGAUGAGAUUUUUUUCAAGGCAAAGGAUUGAAGAGGAUGGUAUUCUUAAGAUGAGUCUGUCACCUGAUGGGACCCUUUUGGCAGCAAUACAUUUCUCAGGGCAGCUAACUAUCUGGGAGAUCCCUUCUUUUAAACAAAGGGCUGAGUGGAGUCAGGAAUCUCAGCCUGGAUUUGAUGAGAUCAACCCAGAGUGGAAAAAUUCACUUGAGAAAAGAAAGAAAAUAAAAGGCAAGGAAUGCUAUUUCCCACUGAUUGAUGUGAACUGGUGGGCAGAUAGUGCAGUUAUUCUUGCACGGUGCUCUGGCUCUUUGACUGUCUCAUCUGUGAAAACCCUGAAGAACCUCUUGGGCAAGUCAUGUGAGUGGUUUGAACCUUCACCCCACGUUACUGCUGCUCACGAUGGAGGCUUCCUGAGCUUGGAGUGUGAGAUCAAGCUAGCUCAGAAGAGGCCUCGUCUAGAGACUGAGGAAGAGGAGGGGGAAGAUGAUUCUGAUUCAGACGAUGAAUUGUCUGCCAAGGCCCGGUAUUUUGGGUAUGUGAAGCAGGGCCUGUAUUAUGUGACAGAAAUGGAGAGAUUUGCACCACCACGUAAACGGCCUCGUACCAUUACCAAAAAUUACCGUCUUGUGAGCCUGAGGUCCACUACUCCAGAGGAGCUUUAUCAAAGAAAGAUUGACAAUGAAGAAUAUGGAGAAGCUCUGUCUCUAGCACAGGCCUAUGGCUUGGACUCAGACCUUGUAUACCAGAGGCAGUGGAGGAAAUCAACUGUGAGCAUUGCAUCUAUUCAGGAUUAUCUGAGCAAAAUUAAGAAGCGCUCCUGGGUACUACACGAAUGUGUGGAGCGAGUACCAGAGAACGUGGAUGCAGCCAAGGAAUUACUUCAGUAUGGACUGAAAGGCACAGACUUGGAGGCUCUGAUAGCUAUAGGAAAUGGAGACGAUGGUGGAAGAUUCAUCCUGCCAGGUGACAUAGACAUUGAAGAUGUGCCUUAUGAAGACCUUCUGUCACCUGCUGAAGAACUGCAGAUAAAGAAGGAAAGAGAAGCACAGAAACAAAAGGAGCUUUUCAGUACGGUGGACUUCAAGAGAAUGACACUGGAACAGAAAGAGCUGUGCAGAAGCAGAUUGAAACUAUUGUGUUAUCUUGACCGUUUAGCAACUUAUGAGGAAAUCCUUGGAGGACCACAUGCUGCAGAGCAGAGAUAUGAUGCAGAGUUCUUCAAGAAAUUCAGAAAUCAGAACAUUGUGCUGUCAGCAAGAACUUAUGCCAGGGAGAGUAAUGUUCAGGCAUUGGACAUCUUGUUCACCUACCAUGGAUCUGAGCUUCUUCAGCAUCGUCUGGCUAUUCUGUCCAGCUUUCCAGAAACCACCUCUCCGCACGAAUACUCAAUUUUGCUUCCAGAAGCAAGAAUUAGUGAUGAUGGUAAUCUCAUGCUAAUACCAUGGAAGGAACAAAAACACAGAGAACGAGACUGGUGCGAGGAACCUAAAUGCAGGCUUAUUUUGGAACCAAAUCCUCUUGAUGAUGCUGAAUUUCUGUAUGAAGAGCAGCCUGAACUACAAAAGUUCAGAAAUGCUGAACCCUCAAUGCUGCUACUUACCGACUGGUACCUAAAUCGGGCUCAAGAAAUUGAAAGUUUUUCUAGACAGGUGGAUUGUGCCUUGUCCUUGGUGCGGCUGGGAAAAGAGAGAAACAUUCCUGGCCUUGAGCUUCUCUGUGAUGAUUUGGUUACCUUAGAGACUCUGGUAUAUGAGACUGCAUGUGACCUGACCUUGACGCUGAAGGAUCUACAACAGAUGAAAGACAUUGACAAAUUGAAGCUUUUAAUGAAAACAUCUUCCGAACAAAAGUAUGUGAAGAAUGCGUACCAAUGGAUGGUCCCUUUCCUCCAUCGAUGUGAAAACCAGAAAGCAGGCUCUGCCAACGAACUGCUGAAAGAGUUCUUAGUCUCUCUUUCUAGAGAAGACCUUACCUUUCCCUUGAAGAUAUUUCAACAUUCUAAACCUGAUUGCCAACAGAAAAUUAUUGGAGACCAUGACCAGUUAAUGUCAAUAGCCCUCGAAUGUGUUUAUAGCUGUGAACGAGAUGAUCAGCUACCUCUCUGUUAUGAUGUCUUAGAAUGCCUUCCACAGAGAGGCUAUGGAUCUGAAACAAACCUGACCAAAAUACUCCAUGACAAGGUGGAUCACCUGGAGAAACACCUUAGUGUUGCUGAGAUUUUGGAGAAGCACAGACUUCAAAAACCCAUUUCAUUUGUGAAGUCCAGCCAAUCCAGCCGUGAGGAAGCUUAUCAGCUGAUGGUUAAGCUCACCCGAUACACUGGACGCAAGAAUCCACCUGUAAGUGAGGGUCACUGGAGAGGAUUGCUCCAGGAUUUAUUGGAUAUGCAGCAGAAUGUGUAUAACUGCCUGGAACCAGACACAUGUUAUCAGAUAUUUACAGAAAGCCUGCUGUGCUCCAGCCGCCUGGAAAAUAUUCGCCUGGCUGGGCAGAUGAUGCACUGCAGUGCUCUAUCGCAGGACACUCCCGUUAAUGUGGCCUUCCGAGGAAAAGCACAGUCCAAGGUCAGCUACAAGAAGAGCAUUGAAUUGGUUCUGGCAGCAGCAAGGGAAUACUUCAACUCCUCCACAGCCCUGACUGACAACUGCAUGCACUUGGCCAGGUGCUGCUUACAGCUGAUUGCAGAUUGCCCACCUGUCAUUCAAGAAGAGCUUGAUUUGAUCAGUGCUCUGAGCCAGCUGGAGGAAUUUGAAGUGAAGAUCCUCCCUUUGCAAGUACGCCUGCGAUCAGACCGUCUCACUCUCAUUGAAGAAUGCAUCGCUCAGUGCCCAACAGCUUAUAAGCAGUACACAAAACUCCUGGGACUUGCAAAUCUGCUGAGGGUCGCAGGAGAUAAUGAAGUGAAGAGAAAAGGCCAAGUGUUAAUUCUGCUGGCAGAACAGGCUCUUCACUGCCAGGACUACAAGGCCUCCAAUAUCCACUGUCAGGAGCUCAUGGCAACAGGUUACAGUGAUGGUUGGCAGGUCUGCAGCCAGCUGGGACAGUGUGAGAGCUACCAGGACCUGGGCACUCGGCAGGAGCUCAUGGCCUUUGCCCUCACACACUGUCCUCCACAUGUCAUUCAGAGUCUGCUAGCUGCUAGUAGCUCUCUGCAAACACAGAUCCUUUAUCAAGCAGUGAACUACCAAAUUAAUCCCACUCAUCUUGGAGAAGCAUCUAAUCAUUUUGGAGCAGGGCUGGAUGCUAAAGAUUCCCAACCGGCCGAUGCAAAAGCUUCUAGCACAAGGCAAUCUGCAGAUCUGCUACAUCGAACCACAGCUAAAACUAUAGAGGUUCUCUCUAACACCACUAUGACCACCAAGGCUGUGCUGCAUGCAGUCAGUGAUUCACAAUGGUGGAAGAAGUCAAUCAGUUACCUGCGACCUCUACAUGGUCAAGGACUGGCUUCUUCACUAAAGGGCAUAGCUGAAGAAAAUGCAGAUAUGGAAAAACAAGGCUGCAACCCUUUCUAUGAGUCUCUACUGGAUAAUCCCUACACUGAUAAAAGUGAAGUGACGUACACAUCGUAUGAGCACAGCCCCUUGGAAAACUUUGCUGAGGUUUUACUGCGGACAGGAAAACUAGCAGAAACUAAGAGCGAAGGCCAAAGCCUAUUUCCUGCAACAGAAGUCUUGAUUCAGCUGGCUAGUGAUGCCCUUCCUAAGGAUAUGACUCUAGCUUUAGCCUAUCUGCUUUCACUACCACAGGUACUGGAUGCCAACAAGUGUUUUGAUAAGCAAUCUCAUUCAGCAUUAUCUCUGCAGUUGGCGGCAUAUUAUUAUGCCCUACAGAUCUAUACCCGUUUAGCUCCAUGUUUCAAGGACAAAUGUCACACACUUUACAGGGCUGAUCCCAAAGAACUAAUAAAGCUUGUGACAAAGCACAUUUCUGACAAUGCUGCUGUUACUUGGCCUGAAGAGCUUGAGAAAUUGAUAAAGCAACUUUGUCUCUACAACGAGAGGCUGACGGACUUCACCCAGGCUCAGAUUCUGCAAAGUCUCGGCAGAGGUGUAGACAUUCAGAGGUUUUCAGCUGAUAGCCAGUAUAAAAGAGAAACUAUCCUGGGCCUGGCAGAAACCCUGGAAGAGAAUGUCUACAAGAUUUCAAUUUCUCUGGCUCAAAGAUACAGUAUUCCUCUUUGGGAGGUAUACAUGACACAUUUGGAAUUCCUCUUCACUGAUAGUGGCCUUUCUACAAAGGAGAUUGAAAGCAGAACAGAGACUCUGGGUCUCUUGGAUACAUUAAAAACCAAUCCAGAAGCCUUUUAUGAACACAUGACCAAAUAUGUAUAUCCCAGCAUUGAAGGCACAGAUCUCCUCCGCUUCCUGUACUAUUUCUCCCUGCUUGAAAGCUGUGGAUGUUCGGAUUUUGUGAAAACAACUAUUAAACUAGAUGUUCAUAUAAAACUACUCAAGAAGCUAAAGGCAGUGGCAGCUGGAUUGAACUACAGAAAGCUAAAUGAUGAAGACCCUUUGGAAGCUCUGGAGCCUGUACUGACUAGUCAAAAUGUUUUAUCCAUUUCUAAGCUGGCUCACCGAUUACCUCAGAGAGAAGGAAACGUGCCGUCAUCCAGCAGUGUGCAUGCAGUAUGGCUUCGUAAACUCUUCUGGAAAGGAGACCCUCAAGUCCUAAAAAAGCAGCCCCAUUCGGACCCAGAAUACUUACAUGCAUAUGAUACUUGUGCUAAAUACUUUGAUAGAUUACUUCCAGCUGACAUUCUUAUUUUCAUUGAUGACAUAACAUUUUCUACAGAAGCAGCAAAUCUACUGACUGUUGCAGCCAGGGUGGAAGUAACUAAGAGAGCCUUGAAAGCAGUCAAACAAAUAAGUGAGAAACUAAAGAAAAAACAUGCGGAUGAGAGCAGCCACCUUGCUGAGAAUUCCCCAGUUGGCUUUGAUGAGGCACUGAAUCACCUCCAGCAAUCUCUAGCUCAUCUGGAAACACUCAGUCACAGUUUCAUUCUCUCCCUGAAGAACAGUAACCAGGAACUGCUGAAGAAGUACAGCCGUCUUUAUGACCUGUCCAGGUCUGAAAGGGAAAAGGUUCACGAGUUGGCUGUAACUAUGUCAACAGAUGGACAACCACUUAACUAUAUCCAGCAGCUGCUAGAAGCUACUGCUGGACCCGUGGAUAUCUCUCCCAAGUCCGUGGUGCAGGAUGCAGUCCAAAGAACAGUUGCAGCUCUAAGUGAAAGCGAAGCAUCUCGGACAAGUAGGUGUGAUCCCUUGCAAGUACUUGAGGGAAUUGUCACAGCUGUGCAUUCUAAUGUCCAGAAUGGGGGGAGUCUCGUGUCCUCUGAUGACCUUCUCUCCUGGCUGCGGCCUUUCUGUGGAGAUGCAUCGCUUCCAGUGAAACCCCGCAUCGAGGUCCUGCAGAUCCUGGAGCAAGCGUUCCAUCUGAAUGACCAGGACAGCAAGCUGCUUGUGUUCUUCAGGAGCCAAGCUGUACUGAAGUCCUGCUGGCCUCAUAAACAGCUGGAAGUUGGUGAUAUUGAGAAUGAAGAAAAGCGAUACCAGCUAUUUAUGGAGUUGUUAGAGUCCUGCAUUAAAUGGGAAGAGAUGCAGCACUUAAUAUUACUUCUCCAGGCCUGGCCACCAGUGACAAAUGAAGUGAUAUUAAAUUCUGUGGAAAACCCUUGGGUGAAACUGGCUUCUGCUAUAAUGUCAAACAGUGCCUCUGGGAAGCAAAGAGAGAUGGAUAACGAAGUGCUGAGUAUGUGUCGGUCUGUCUAUAACACAAAGCACAUGUUGCCCAUUCAGUGUAUUAGACACAUAUCAUCCCAGCUACUGGAUCACCACCAUCUUUACCUGCCUGCUCUGAAACUUAUGCUGGAGAGCAAAGAUGAACAGCUUAAGACACUGGCUCUGGAGCAGAUAAGACACAUCAAUAAAGUCGACGAUUUUAAUUGUGAUGCUGAGCUUCUGACACUGCUUCUGGAUUCCAACCUGGUGGUGAAAUGUGUGGAAACUGUCUUUUAUCCCCAUCUUAUCAACCAUCUUCUCUCUAACCAUGAACAGGGAAGAUGGAGUGUGGAAGACAUAGCCAGACAAAUGCAGGAAGGUGGCUAUAUGGCAGAGUCUGGGUCCCUGUUGCUUUCCUAUAGGGGAACUCAUCCGGCUCAGUUUACAUUUAAUACUGCACUAACUGUCAUUCAGAGAUGGCUGUGAUCACAUUCUUUAACACUAUGUAUAUCUUUAAGACGGGCCUCACUAAUAUAAAAAUUACGAGUUUAGGCAUUAACAUAACAUAGUGUGAUACAAGAUGUAAAUGAUUUGGUAAAUGAGAAGCAGCUUUUAAUUAUACAUUUAAAAUUAUACAUUUUCUCUGUUAUUACUAAAGAUCAAACUGAUUCCACAGCUAUCAAUUCUGAAUUGUAUACAGAAAAUACCAUACCAAAAAGUAUGGUAUUAUUAUGUUUGAUCUGGUAUUCUAUUUAACAUCUAUUAAACAUUAUAGUCUAUGCUUAAUUUUAAGGAAAGAAACCUGCUGUGAUUGAAGACAUUGACUUAAUUUGUGAAACUUUUCCUUUUGUGAUCAUUGUGAAAAAGCAUUUGUGAAGUCUUGUGGUUCACCUUUUUCCUAAAAAGCUCCUUUGUGUUGAGUAAUUACUUGAAAUGCCAAAUGGAGCAUCAAUCUUAAUUGAAAGCAUGUUAGUUAGCUUUGCGUCAUGUUCUUUUGGUAAUGUUGACUUGAUGUACUGCAUUCAAUAGGAAGGAAAACGCACUGGCUUGUAUGUACUGCAAUAAAAAUGCAUUAAUACAA